CUUGAAAGCUGUGAAAAAUAAGGAAAUCAAACGUUAGUUCUUGGUUUGGGAACAUAGAAGAACAACAGCAUCAUGUUUAGUUGGGUGAAUAAUGAACAAGGAGGCAGAAACAAGGACGGCGAGAUGUACCAAACUGUAACGGAGGGUCUUCAACAACUUUACACCAAAAAAAUAUUACCAUUGGAAGAAACGUACCUUUUUCAUGAUUUCCAUUCACCGGCGUUGGAGGCAGCAGAUUUUCAGAGCAAGCCAAUGGUUCUACUGGUUGGACAGUAUUCUACGGGGAAGACGACGUUCAUAAGGUACCUGCUGGAGCAGGACUUCCCAGGCAUGCGGAUUGGCCCAGAGCCCACAACGGAUGGCUUCAUCGCUGUCAUGUAUGGGGAGAACGAGGGGGUUGUCCCUGGUAACGCUCUGGUGGUUGACCCCAAGAAACCCUUCCGUAAACUCAACGCCUUUGGUAACUCCUUCCUCAAUAGGUUAAUCUGUUCCCAGAUCCCUAACCAGGUCCUCCGGGGUAUUAGUAUAAUUGACACACCAGGAAUCCUGUCUGGAGAGAAGCAACGCAUUAGCCGAGGCUAUGAUUUCUCAGAGGUGCUGCGAUGGUUCGGGGAGCGGGUGGACCGCAUCAUCCUCCUCUUUGACGCUCACAAACUGGACAUAUCAGACGAGUUCUCUGAGGCCAUCAAGGCCUUCCGUGGCCAGGACGACAAGAUCCGCGUGGUGCUGAACAAGGCUGACCAGGUGGACAGCCAGCAGCUGAUGAGGGUCUAUGGAGCUCUGAUGUGGUCCCUGGGGAAGGUGAUCAACACACCCGAGGUGGUGAGGGUCUACCUGGGUUCGUUCUGGGCCAAACCCCUGCGGAACACGGAAAACCGUAGGCUCUUUGAGGCAGAGACGCAAGACCUCUUCAAGGACAUUCAGGGCCUGCCUCGGAAUGCUGCCUUACGCAAACUCAAUGACCUCAUCAAACGGGCUCGACUUGCUAAGGUGCAUGCUUACAUCAUCAGCUACCUGAAGAAAGAGAUGCCGUCGUUGUUUGGGAAGGAGAAGAAGAAGGAGGAACUGAUCAUGCGACUUCCUGAGAUCUACACCAUACUGCAGAGAGAGCACCACAUAUCCGCUGGAGACUUCCCCAACGUCGUCAAGAUGCAGGAGCAGCUCCAGCACUAUGACUUCAGCAAGUUCCCCUCCCUGAAGAUGAAGCUGAUCGAGUCUGUGGACAAGAUGCUGGCCAACAAGAUCUCCGGCCUGAUGACCAUGAUCCGCGAUGAGGAGAGCAAGGCGCCACCAGCUAUGGUGAGCGGCGGGGCCUUUGAGGGCUCCCAGGAUGGGCCCUUUGGCCAGGGCUACGGAGAGGGCAUCAGCGCCGGGUCUGACUGUGACGACUGGAUCGUGAGCCAUGACAAGCACAAGUACGACGAGAUCUUCUACUCCUUGAAUCCCAUCAACGGGAAAAUUAGUGGAGUCAACGCCAAGAAGGAGAUGAUGAGCUCCCGUCUGCCCAACACAGUCCUGGGGAAGAUCUGGAAGCUGGCGGACUGUGAUAAAGACGGCAUGCUGGAUGACGAGGAGUUUGCCCUGGCGCAGCACCUGAUCAAGGUGAAGCUGGAGGGGUACGAGCUGCCCUCUGAACUACCUCAGCACCUGGUGCCUCCCGCUCACAGGAAGAACGAGGUCGCUGACAUCCUCUACAACCACGAUGCGGACUAAGGACGAGCAAAAGAAACACCAGUGGAGGACACUCCAACUCUGUUGUGUCCCAAUGCCCAAACUCAUACAUUAUGUAGUAUGAUGUGAUGUUUUGGCCAUGCAUACUAAGUAGUGUGCUAGUGUGAAUAUUGGGAAAUAGGCAGUGAUCCAGUCUUAACAGGAAAUAAAGCGGGGGGGAAAUUUGACUCAAAAACAAGCAGUGACCUUACUAAAGUUGGAAUUAAAAAUGUCUUUUUUUGACCCAAAGCUUUUAUUUUCAUCAAUGAAGGAUUUAUUUAAAAGAUUGACACUGCACUUUAGUUAAUUAGUGAAGGUUAGUUGUAUAAGUAUCCAGGAACGGUGCUUACCAUACAAUGCCUACAGUACCAUUCUGCCACACAAUUUCACAAUUGUCUCAAAUAUGUUUAGUCUGUAGUCAAAAUAUAGAGAGAAAAUAUGCGGAAUUGUAUUCUUGAACAAAUACAUCCUGGGAAGCUGUCUGGGUGAGAUACAGAGGAAGUUUUCACAUGGAGAGGUUGAUGUCAUAGACUUGACAAAGGUUAGAGUGCAUCUCCUCUCGUUUUAAGCGGCUUGGCCAUUUUACCUACCGGAAAGAGAUUUCUAUUUUCAGAGAGCACAGUCUGGUUUUGAAAAAUCAAGCAUUGAGGCAAUGGUGGUCUUUUUGCAAAAAAAUAAACAGUUUGGAUAACAAAAUCAA